GGACGUUAAAUAUGGAAAACAGACACGCAGCUCGGGAGACUCUCCACGCGCCUCCGACGCUCCGCGUUUCGUUUAAGAUGUUGGCCCGGCACGAGUCCAGCUAGAUGUGGAGGGUUGCGCGUCCUCUUGCGCUGAGUUUGGUUUUGCCGAGUCAAAAGAGAUCAUCCCCCGCCAGAUAGCACGCAACUCAUCGCCUCCUUUGUUACUUUUUUUUUUUUUUUUUAGAGAGAAGGUGAAGGCUUCCAAAUAACGCAACUGGAACAACAUAAAAAGAAAAGAAAAAGGAGAGACAUCUGCCGAGUACAAGGCUUGAUUAUCUUUGAGGAAGAAAUUUUGUCGCCAUGAGUUCCGAAAAGAGCAACAGAAUGGAAGAUGAAGCGGUGCUGGACAGAGGAGCGUCUUUUGUCAAGCAUAUCUGUGAUGAAGAGGAAGUGGAAGGCCACCACACUGUGUACAUCGGUGUGCACGUUCCCAAGAGCUACCACCGCAGGAGACGCCACAGACGCAAGUCGAACCACAAGGAGAAGCGGGAACGUGUCGAGCAGAUUGUGGGGGCGUACAAGUCUGACGCGGAGAACGCCGACGACUCCUGCACGAGCAUCCUGAAACCCCUCAUUUCUCCAGCUGAGAGGAUUCGGUUCAUUCUGGGAGAGGAGGAUGACGGCCCACCACCCCCGCAGCUCUUCACAGAGCUGGACGAGCUCCUGUCCGUGGACGGGCAGGAGCUGGAAUGGAAAGAGACGGCCAGGUGGAUUAAGUUUGAGGAGAAGGUGGAGAAAGGUGGAGAGCGUUGGAGCAAGCCUCAUGUCGCCACGCUGUCCUUACACAGCUUGAUGGAGCUCAAGACGUACAUCGAGAAGGGGACGGUCCUGCUAGACAUGGAGGCGUCCACACUGCAACAAGUUGUCGAAAUGAUCACCGAUAGCCAGAUUGAGACUGGCCAGCUGAAGGCAGACCUAAAGGAGAAGGUGGUGUACACUCUGUUACGAAAGCAUCGCCACCAGACCAAGAAGUCCAACUUGCGUUCUCUUGCCGACAUCGGCAAGAGCGUUUCCAGUGCAAGCCGGCUCUUUUCAAAUCAGGAAAAUGGUAGCCCUACCACUACCCACCGGAACCUCACCUCCAACAGCCUGAGCGAUUUCUCUGAUAAACCAGAAAAGGAUCAGCUGAAGAAUAAGUUUAUGAAAAAGUUGCCCCGCGAUGCCGAGGCAUCAAACGUGCUGGUCGGAGAGGUGGACUUCCUGGAAACCCCGUUUGUUGCUUUCGUCCGUCUGCAGCAGGCCGUUAUGCUGGGAGCGCUUACUGAAGUCCCCGUGCCCACGAGAUUUAUGUUUGUACUGUUGGGACCUAAAGGAAAGUCCAAGUCUUACCGAGAGAUCGGAAGAGCAAUCGCUACCCUGAUGUCCGAUGAGGUGUUUCAUGACAUCGCCUACAAAGCGAAAGGCAGGAAGGACCUGCUGGCUGGAAUCGAUGAGUUCCUGGACGAAGUGAUCGUCCUUCCUCCUGGCGAAUGGGACCCCGACAUCAGAAUAGAGCCGCCCAAGUCCCUUCCCUCCUCAGACAAAAGAAAGAACAUGUAUGCUGGAGGAGAGGCUCCUCAGAUAAAUGGGGACACCCUCCACGAUACGGGACACGGAGGCGGAGGAGGAGGAGGGCACCAAGUGGGAGAGGAGCUUCAGUUCACAAGAAAGUUUUGCGGAGGUCUUAUCCUGGAUGUGAAGCGAAAGCUGCCGUUUUUUGCCAGCGACUUCUACGACGCCCUCCACAUUCAGUCUCUGUCUGCCAUCCUGUUCAUCUAUCUGGGCACGGUCACCAACGCAAUCACGUUUGGAGGCUUGCUUGGAGACGCUACGGAGAACAUGCAGGGAGUGUUGGAAAGUUUCCUCGGUACGGCGCUGACAGGAGUAGUGUUCUGCCUGCUAGCUGGUCAACCCCUGACUAUCCUCAGUAGCACGGGCCCGGUGCUUGUGUUCGAAAGACUUCUCUUCACUUUCAGCAAAGACAACAGUUUCGACUACCUCGAGUUUCGGCUGUGGAUCGGCCUGUGGUCUGGUUUGUUCUGCUUGGUGCUGGUCGCCACGGAUGCGAGCUUCCUGGUGCAGUACUUCACACGCUUCACAGAGGAAGGCUUCUCUGCGCUUAUCAGCUUCAUCUUCAUCUAUGACGCAUUCAAGAAGAUGAUAAAGCUGGCCCACCACAACCCCAUCAACUCGGAGUUCGAUCACAACCUCAUCACUCAGUACGACUGCCGCUGCGUACCGGGUAAUUCAUCAACACUCCACGAUACUUCUGCCUGGACAAACCGUACUGAUCUGCCGGAGAACGCCACUUGGGCGUCCCUGACCCAGCAUCAGUGUAAGGAGUUCGGAGGGCUGCUGGUCGGAGAGGCCUGUGACUAUGUGCCUGACAUUACCCUGAUGUCCUUCAUCCUGUUCUUUGGGACCUACACCUGCUCCAUGGCGCUGAAGAAGUUCAAGACGAGUAGAUUCUUCCCCACAACGGUGAGGAAGCUUAUCAGUGACUUUGCCAUCAUCUUGACCAUUCUUCUCUUCUGUGGCAUUGACGCCUUGGUCGGGGUGGACACUCCAAAGCUCAUAGUGCCUAGUGAAUUUAAGCCCACAAAUCCAGCACGGGGCUGGUUUAUUCCUCCGUUUGGAGGAAACCCCUGGUGGGUGUACCUGGCAGCUGCACUUCCUGCCCUCUUGGUCACGAUUCUGAUCUUCAUGGAUCAACAGAUCACUGCGGUCAUUGUGAACAGGAAAGAACACAAGCUAAAGAAAGGGGCCGGUUAUCACCUGGACCUGUUCUGGGUGGCCGUCCUGAUUAUACUCUGCUCCUUCAUGGGGUUGCCAUGGUACGUAGCUGCUACCGUCAUCUCCAUCGCCCACAUCGAUUCUCUGAAAAUGGAGACCCAGACCUCCGCCCCCGGAGAGCAGCCCAAGUUCCUGGGUGUCAGGGAACAAAGAGUCACUGGCAUCUUUGUGUUCCUCCUGACAGGACUCUCCGUCUUCAUGGCUCCUAUCCUAAAGUUCAUCCCGAUGCCUGUUCUCUAUGGUGUGUUUCUCUAUAUGGGUGUGGCAUCACUCAAUGGUGUCCAGUUCAUGGACCGCCUGCUGCUGCUCCUCAUGCCUGCCAAGCACCAGCCGGACCUCAUCUACCUGCGCCACGUCCCCCAGAGACGCAUUCACCUCUUCACCUUCAUCCAGGUCCUGUGCUUGGCUCUGCUCUGGAUCCUCAAGUCCACCGUUGCCGCCAUCAUUUUCCCCGUCAUGAUUUUGGCGUUAGUUGCCGUACGAAAGGCCAUGGACUACGUGUUCUCCCAGCACGACCUCAGCUACCUGGACGACGUGAUCCCGGAGAAGGACAAGAAAAAGAAGGAGGACGAGAAGAAGAAGAAAAACAAGAAGAAGGGAAGCAUCGACAGUGAAAUUGACUACUCCGACUACCCCUACCAUGAAAAUAUUCCCUCUAUAAAAAUCUCUAUGGAGAUGAUGGAACAGGAGCCCAUGUUGGGGGAUAAAUCUUUGGAUAGAGAUUCGCCGCAAACUGUCCUUAACCCCCAUUCACCGUGCUGAACACUACUUUGGCUCCCCCUCUGUGUAAUUUCGGCUGCGGUUCACACGGCUCACCUCGGAUUCGGAUCGACCGGGAGGAGAACGGCUUCCUCGGCAGGAAGAGCUCUGAAACGGAACUGUGAAAGAAAUCUGUACACAAAGCAGCACAACACUGCAAACAUGCUCUUAUUUUAUUUCAUUUGAACUUUUAUUUUAUCACCACAGUCCCGAUCCGUGGCGGCUAUUUCUACGACAAUUCACACGAGGAUUUGAAUCCGAAUAGCUGGAAGUAUUUCGUCUUAACACUUUGGUGGUACUGAGUUUUCAGCGUCGCCGGCUGAAAAACAAACAGAACGUCAUCUGACUUCACUUUUGAAAGUGUGUGUUAUUAAUUAAUUUAUUAAACAUAACGUUGGUAGACAUGAACAGAGGUCCUGGAAGCAAUAGUAAUUAAAUGAUUUGCUAAAGUCAAGUACUCUGUACAUACCUAUACCCAAAGUUUUAAUUUAUUAUGAUUAUGAUUAUUAUUAUUAUGAAACACUUGCAUGCAAGUUUCUUCUCUUAGAAAGAAAUCUUCACCUGAACGUCACUGGGAUCCACGUCUUCCGUUCACGCGUUGCGAACAAAACGGCCGACUUAUAAACAUUUGAACAGAUUUGUUCCAACAAAGCAGCUUCGUCUCAGUAUCAACACAGGUUUCAUCUUAAUUUUUUUUCCAGUCUCAUUUUCCUUUUUCUAUAUAUUUAUUAUAUUUAAACUCAAUAAAGUAGCUUGCUGGUUGGAUUUUAUGCAAGAGGUGGAAAUCUUUUUUUUUUUUCACUUUGUCUUCUCAGUGGUCUGCCUCCACUCAUCUGUCGUUUCCCUGUUUAUAGAGUCCUAGAUUUUUGAAACCCUCACGUAGCUCUACCUCUUCUUCUCUCUAGGUGCCAGACAUGGUUUUUGUUUUGUUUUUUAUGAUUGAAAUGCGUUUAUUGUGCAAUGGUUUCUGAUCAAACACUAAUCUGAUUUAUUCCGUAUCCCCUCAAUUUGGCACUGUAUACAUGUCAGAUUCAUUUGGUGACUUAUAUUAUUAUUAUUAUUAUUGUUAUUAUUAUUAUGGGGGGGUUUUUAUCAUUGUAAAAAGUGAAAUAGCAGAUAUGUGAAAGGGUAAAUCCACCUGAUUUAAAGAAAACCAAAUAAGAUAGUACUUUGAUGUUUGCAUUUGAACAACUGAACAUGGCAUUAAUACUAAUAUAUGGCAACUCGUCCUUUUGAUGAUAUUUCAAACACUGAAGUCGAGGAGAAAAAAAGCAUUCCAGCUCGCCUCAUGAAUUCAGUGUAACGUUGGCGCGCGAGACGAUCGAUUCUUUUAUUAGGUAGCUUUUAAUUUACAAUGUGAUCUUAUACAGAGGCUGAUGAUUUGAUUAAUAUUUAAUCUUUAAAUAUUUUUUAGGUUGUAGUCUUUUCUUUUUUUUUCUUUUCCAAAUAAUGCAAAUCCAAAUUCAGACCGGUUACUGAUUCAUUGUCUUUUGGAGUAAAAAAGUCAGAAAAGGCGUAUACAGUGUUGCAAAAUGUGUUUGCCUACUUACAGAUAUUUGUUUUGUUGACAUUUUUGCUUUUUGGCGACAUAAAAAUGUGAAAGACCAUCUAAAGAAAUACACAAAGAAAAUCUCAGUGAGCAAAAACCAGCAAUCUUUUGUCUUUUUUUUUUUAAACAUUUAUUUAUUGGAGAAAAACCUGCACAAAUCAACCCAACAUUAUGUGAAAAAUAAUCGAUCCCAUUGAAAUUCCUCAACAUCUCAAUGGAAAGUCUGGACUUUCACUGGGUGAGUGUUUCAGAUGUUCACUGUCCUGCUGCAUAACCCGACUUUACUUGACCCCGAAGGUCAUAAACUGAUGAGCAGAAUUUCUGGUUUUGUGAAUUACUACACGUUGUUCAGGUCUUGAAGUUGCAUUUUCCUUCUUUUUUUUUCCUGAGAUGCUCUAACAGCAGAAAUAACUUCUAAAAAGUUCCGCUUUUGUUUCUUUCAGUCACAGAAUAGUUUCCUAAAAGCGUUAGGGAUGAAUAAAAUAGUUUUUGGAAAAAAUGUGACAUUGCCCUUCCUGUUUGUUGUUGUUGUUUUUUGCCAGUGAAUUCUCCCAUGGUGGCUGUUUUGACCCAAUCUCUUUCUUGUUUUUAAGUCAAGAACCCCGAGGCUUAAUUGAGGCCUGCGGCAGUUUAGGUCUUGUUCUGUUUUUCCCUGAUUUAUUUGCUGAAUUUUUUAACAAACUGGAGUAUUAAAAUGCACCCAAAUGUGGUCCGUCGCAGCUAAUUCACACUUUUCACAUGGGGUUGGUUCCUCUUAGAACUAGAUUGACGAUCUGAAACACUGAAAAGCCAAAACAAAAGAAAUUCGUAAUUUUGAACAAAUACUCGUCGCAGCACUGUAUUCCGAUUUUCAUUUAGCAAACACAUUUACAAUGUUCCGGCUCAAUUAUGCUCUUCACCGGUACCAAACUGAUUCACGCAAGGUUGAUUAACAUAUAUCUGUGUAUUCAUGCAUCUAAAUCAUUUGAGGUGUGUAAGCAUAUUUAUUACAUCCAACAUUACAAUAUUCUCUCUAUUUUGCCUGUCAUUUGUCUUGCUAAACAGCUCUGAUUCAUCUCUCACAGCAUGUUUAUUCUUUAUAAAUGUGAAGCUAAUGACCGUUAACGUUGCAUUUUUCCCCCCUCCCAAUAAACGCCCCCCCACCCCCUUGGGGUCUAUCUCUUUGUUUCAGUAAUCUGUACAUCUUCUGCUUCCAUAACUGUUAUGAUAUUUAUUGUGCUGUGACACUGAAACCAAUUUUAUGCCACGCAUCGUAUGUGCUAAACUGUCAGGCUACUCCAAAGGAAUUAAAGUGUGGGUGUUUUUUUCUAUGAAGUAGUGAUUUAAAUGAGAGCAAUAAAACAAUCAGAUUCUUAAA